GUCAUGUGACGGUGGAGCUGCGCGUGAGUCAGAAAACAGUUAGAGACGCUUUAGCAUUGUGCUCUCUGCCUGUUCGGAAGCUGCUCUACAGACGACAGGUCGGACUUCAUGCACCGAACCUACCGGGCUGUAAAAGGAGUAUGCAGUGCAGUUCUAUCAACAACACAAGUCAUCUGAUAAAAAUGGCACUGCAGGUGGGGGUUUUGUGUCUGGCUCUGCUGGGCCUGAGCACAGCCCUGGUCUGUCCUGAUGGAACCGAGUGUGAGGACACCAACACCUGCUGCAUUGACAAAGUGGAACGUUACGAAUGCUGUCCGCUACCACAUGCCGAGUGUUGUUCAGACCACAUCCACUGCUGCGACGAGGGGACCGAAUGUGAUCUGACUCACGACAUAUGUGUGAAUAAGACAGUUUCCCUGCCCUUAAAAAGACGUCUUCCUGCCAAACAGGCCCUGCUCGCCUCUCAGCUCAGCGAGAGAGUGAAGGCAGUCAUUUGUCCGGACCAGGAGUAUGAGUGUCCGGAUCGCACCACUUGCUGCCAGCUCCCCGACGGCUCCUGGGGCUGCUGUCCAUUAGCCAAGGCGGUGUGUUGUGACGAUAAGCGCCACUGUUGCCCUAAGGGAACAACGUGUGAUCUUGUUCACUCAAAGUGUGUCUCUGCCUCAUGGGAGUCCUUCCCCAUGCUGGAGAAACUUCCUGCCAGAAGGAGGGAGAAUAAUAAGCCAGCUUCUGCACCUCCGGCUGUCGGUUCAUUGACGUGUCCUGGUGGGAAAAACCGCUGUCCACACAAUUACACCUGUUGCCUGUUAACCAGUGGAGACUACGGCUGCUGCCCUUACCCAGAGGCGGUGUGCUGCAGCGAUCAUCGCUACUGUUGCCCCAGCAACACAAAAUGUGACCUGGAGCAUGAGAUCUGCCGGUCUGGUGAGACCCGAGUGCCGCUGCUGAAGAAGAUCCCUGCUGUACCCAAAGACAUUGAUUGUCCGGACAACUCGACCUGUCCCGAUCGGUCCACAUGCUGCCAGAUGACCAACGGCUCGUACGGCUGCUGUCCAAUGCCCAAUGCCGUCUGUUGUUCAGACCAAAUCCACUGCUGCGAUGAAGGCACCGAGUGCGACCUGCCCCACGACAUCUGUGUGUCGGCCCACAGAAACACCUCCAUGGCCUUGAAGAUCCCCGCGGUGACAGCAGUGUCAGCACAGAGCAAAGUCGUUUCUGUUCCCUGUAAUGAAUCUGUGGCCUGCGCCGAUGGAAGCACCUGCUGUAAAUCGUCAGGGGGAGAAUGGGCCUGCUGUCCUUUACCUAAGGCCGUGUGCUGUGAGGACCACCUGCACUGCUGCCCCCACGGCACCGUUUGCAACCUGGCAGCCUCCACAUGUGACGAUCCAACGGGCAACGCUGUGAUGCCUUUGCUGGGUAAGAUGCCCGUCUUCCCUUUGCUCACCGACAACAGCAAGUGUGACGAGUCCACAUCGUGUCCCGGAAAAUCCACCUGCUGCAAGACGCCAAGUGGAGACUGGGCCUGCUGUCCUCUGCCUCAGGCCGUGUGCUGUGACGACCACAUCCACUGCUGCCCUCACGCCACAGUCUGCAACCUGGAGGCCGAAACGUGCGACGACCCGUCGGGUUUUUCUCCUCCGCUCCCCUGGACGGAAAAAGUCUCCGCUCUGACCUCAGAGGUUCAGGAUGAGAAAUGCGACAAGCAGACCAUGUGUCCGGGAGGCACCACCUGCUGUAAGAAGAACUCAGGGCAGUGGGCCUGCUGCCCCUUACCUCAGGCUGUUUGCUGUAACGAUCAUGAGCACUGCUGCCCCAAAGGCUACAAGUGCAACGUGGCUGAGCAGACCUGUGACAAGCCCGGAGACCUGAGCCUGCCCUGGCUGCAGAAGGUACCGGCCCUGCAGAAGGAUCCCAGUCCGGCUGUUUCCAGCUCGACUGGGCCGGCCAAGAACAUGUGCGACGCCCAGACCAGCUGCCCCAAGGAUACGACCUGCUGCUUCAUGGUCAACACCCACAAAUGGGGCUGCUGUCCUCUGCCAGAGGCGGUCUGCUGCAAGGACGGAAACCACUGCUGCCCCAGUGGUCACACCUGUGAACCUCACCGGUCCUCCUGCUCAAAGGGCCCCCAUGUUAUUCCCUGGUUCACCAAACUGAGCGCUCUGACUGAACCGGGCGCCGUCGCAGAUGUUAAAUGUGACGACAAAAGCAGCUGCGCCACGGGAACGACCUGCUGUAAACUACCGACCGGAGAGUGGGGCUGCUGCCCCCUGGUCAAGGCGAUUUGUUGUGCGGACCACGAGCACUGCUGUCCUCAGGGCUACACCUGCAACAUGCAGACGGGAACCUGUGAGAAGAAGAACCACGAUGAGCUCACCCUCCCCCUCCCCCAGAUUAAAGUGGUACGGUCCGAGCCGAGAGGCGCAGAGGACGACGCAGACGUGCCGUGUGACAGCACGGGGCAGUUUCACUGCCCCAAGCAGGACACGUGCUGCAAGAUGUCAGCCACGCAGUGGGCCUGCUGCCCCUCACCCGGGGCUGUCUGCUGCUCCGACUCAAAGCACUGCUGCCCUGAGGGAUACUCCUGUGACCUGAAGGCUGGAGGUUGCACCCUGAAAACCCAGCUGACCUGGGACACUUUUUUCGGGGACAAAAAGAAAGACUUUGUCCCCCUGGGACUUUAAUCCCCCUGAGGUGCACUGAUUGUCCUCAAGCUUAAAUCCGUAACAUCCAUGUCCCGCCCAUGUUGCCUGUGGACAGUUUGACAGCUUUUCCCAGGUGUAUUUAGCAGGUUUUUGCACUCGUGAGUAUUUUUGGUUUUCGGUGUGGAGGAUAAAAAAAACGUGUCCUCUGCAGUGAUCUCUGGCAUUUCAAACAUAAUUAAGUUGAAGCACUUUGGAGUCAUGCCAGCCUCCCUGUCACUCAGUAUGCAGGAGUCUUUCAUGUUCUUCAAACGGCAGAAAAUUUGUCACCCUGAUUAAGACGGGAUGAACAUGAAAGGUUGAACCUGCUGCACAGCUUUACAGUGUUUCUCUUAAAGGUUAAGGUUUAUGUUAUUCUACAUUUUUCUUAUUGUCCACAGACUGAAACCAACAGUGUGUUAGUGGCUGCUCUUCCCUCUGUGAGUCUGAGACUCAAGCCCAAGUUUUCUCCCUGAAAAUGCAAGAAAAUAUUAUUAAUGUAUUUAUAAUAUAUUAAUAAUAGUUUUGUUGCAUGUUCACAAAAGUCAUUUACAGAUCAUUUACAGAUCACAGAGCAGAUCUACGAUGUGAGGCAGAAUUUUGUUUAGUUUUUGUAGGAUGUUGACGUCUGUCCAUGAACGAUUUUUCACCGACUACAUCACCUACUUCUUCUCUUAAAAUUGUAGCAACAAACACUUUGUUCAUUGUUGUUAUAAUUAGUGAGAAACUACUUCAGGCUUUCUUGGAAAUGUCUGUUAUUAACAGCUGAGCUCAGCAUUAUGACAUUUCCAAGGAGUUAACUGGAAAAUACAGGACCCAUAAAUUACAGCUUUAUAGAAUAAACUUCUAUAAUUAUUAUUCAGCUGAUGAGCCUGACACUGCUGUGUUUAUAACAGCUGAAGCCCCACGGAGCACAGGGGAGAUUAGGCUUCUUUGUAUGGGAUUUGUUGGCAAUAAGAAAAACACAGAAUAUCUCCAGAGCUGUUACCGCCCUCUGUUUUUGAUUUCAUUGGACGUAUUGGAGGAUUUUCCCAGUUUGAAAGAUAAACAUGAACCUUCGGCCUUAUUUUGGGUCAAAUUUACUAAAAUCCGUGCAUCAUAUUGAAGUUUUUUUUUGUUGCCCUCCACUGGUUGAGGAAGCAGCUUCUCUUUGCUUAUUGCUUCAUGUGCUCGUGUAUAAUCUCCAUAAAGGGCCAAUUUGAUUUAGUCACAUAGCUGUGAAUUUGUUGUAUGUUUUGUAUGUUGAUGUUGAACAGAAAGAAACCACUGAUUCAGUUUAAAUCUCUGGUUUUUUGUCAAACACUUGGUGGAAGUAAACAGAACAGUGACAGCUCACACAGAGAGCUCGUGCCUUCUAUAAUUCCCCUGUAAGAGGUGCCGGUCUGUCAGUAUCAGAUAUAUCAGAUGUUCUGCCUGAGGAAGAUUCAGUCCAUGACUGGAAAAGAACAAACAUGCUUUUUGUUUUGCGUUUUUUGGACAAUUGAGUGUAGAUUUCUCUAAAGGGAGCCGAGAAACAAGAAGCAAGUUCAUCUCAGUGUCACGAGGAAACAAAUUCAGGGUUCGCUCCACGAGCAGAGACCAGAAAACAAAGACACUGAUAUUCUGUCUGACAGUGAAUAAACUUAAAGACCAAUAAGUCCUGUGUGGCCUUUCUUUGCCCUGGAUUUUGCCUUUAUAGCUCCGUGCAGUCUGCUGUACCUUUGGUGGCUGCUGGCCCUGGACGGACCCUGAAGGGAGCGCCUGCAGACACUGCUCAGGGCAGAAAAAGUACUGCACUUCCUUUGCAAUUUUUCUUUUUUUGGUUU